CUUUUAGGGAUUGCAUACACAUACAGAUACAGUAAACCUACACUAAAACGAACCCUCGGCGGCUGCUUAUUUGUGGUUGUCAUCUCUUCGCAUCUCAGAUAUAUAUACAGCACACUGAUCAUUUCUUACACACGCACGUACACGCCAGUGGAUACACUUGCACUGAAUUACAAAAUCCCUUAAACCCUAGCCUCCGCGGAGGAUUUUUUUUUGGCGUUAUUUUCAUCAAUUCUGGAACGAGGGGCCUCAUUCUCCCACAGUGCAGACUCUCCGCCAGCUGCCUGGUUUGUUGGUUUUUGGGGAAAAUAUACGAAGAGAGAGGUGGUAGUUAAGAGAAGAUGAGUCACAGCGUGCAUCAAUGCAAUAAUGCGUUAUGUAAGUUUAUUCAAACCAAUCGAUAUUUACCUGCAGCAAGGCCUUUUCCGCUUCAUUUCCAGCAAAGAAGACUAGCCUCAAAAAGGAAUGGCAAAAGUAUCCACUAUUCCUCCCGGCCGUUGAUAUUGAAUUCUGCAAAGUCCCAAAAUGAACGUGGAGAUGUUAAGAAUAGUGGUAAUCUGUCGAAUGGGGGGGCUUUCAGCACCCAAAACUUGGGUAAAAGAACUGAUAUCAAGAAGAUUUUGAUCUUGGGAGCAGGGCCUAUCGUCAUAGGGCAAGCUUGUGAGUUUGAUUAUUCGGGCACACAAGCUUGCAAAGCCCUCAGAGAAGAGGGCUAUGAGGUAAUCCUGAUUAACUCAAAUCCUGCUACUAUAAUGACUGACCCUGAGAUGGCGGAUAGGACCUACAUUGAACCAAUGACGCCGGAAUUAGUUGAGCAAGUGCUUGAGAAGGAGAGACCUGACGCUUUGUUGCCGACAAUGGGCGGACAGACUGCACUUAAUCUCGCUGUAGCAUUAGCAGAGAGUGGCGCACUUGAGAAAUAUGGGGUGGAGCUGAUCGGGGCAAAGCUUGAUGCAAUAAAGAAGGCCGAGGAUAGGGAUUUGUUCAAGCAGGCAAUGAAAAAUAUUGGGCUCAAAACGCCUCCAUCGGGGAUUGGGACAACACUGGAAGAAUGUAUUGAGAUUGCCAAUUCAAUUGGGGAGUUCCCUUUGAUUAUCCGUCCUGCAUUCACGUUGGGUGGCACUGGAGGUGGGAUAGCUUAUAACAGGGAGGAGUUUGAAGCCAUUUGCAAGUCAGGGCUCGCGGCUAGUGUUACAUCUCAGGUUUUGGUGGAGAAGUCUUUGUUAGGAUGGAAAGAGUAUGAGCUUGAGGUUAUGAGAGACCUGGCUGACAAUGUGGUUAUUAUUUGCUCGAUUGAGAAUAUCGACCCUAUGGGAGUCCACACAGGAGACUCUAUCACUGUUGCUCCUGCCCAAACCUUGACGGAUAAGGAGUAUCAACGACUUAGGGAUUACUCUAUUGCUAUUAUCAGGGAAAUUGGAGUUGAAUGUGGUGGUUCAAAUGUUCAGUUUGCUGUUAAUCCUGAAGAUGGAGAAGUGAUGGUAAUCGAGAUGAAUCCCAGAGUUUCUAGAUCAUCAGCUUUAGCCUCGAAAGCCACUGGGUUCCCAAUUGCCAAGAUGGCUGCUAAGUUGUCAGUUGGGUACUCACUGGAUCAGAUUCCCAACGACAUCACAAAGAAAACGCCAGCAAGUUUUGAGCCUUCCAUAGAUUAUGUUGUAACCAAGAUACCCAGAUUUGCUUUUGAGAAAUUUCCUGGCUCGGAGCCAAUUCUGACUACUCAGAUGAAGUCUGUUGGCGAGUCCAUGGCUGUGGGCCGGACAUUUCAAGAAUCUUUUCAGAAAGCAGUGCGUUCCCUUGAAUGUGGCUACUCUGGAUGGGGUUGUGCAAAGGUCAAGGAACUUGACUGGGAUUGGGAACAACUAAAAUACAGCCUGCGGGUACCUAGUCCAGAUCGUAUGCAUUCCAUAUAUGCUGCAAUGAAGAGGGGAAUGAAGGUGGAUGAUAUACACGAGUUGAGUUAUGUAGAUAAAUGGUUCCUCACUCAGCUUAAAGAACUUGUAGAUGUGGAGCAAUAUCUCUUUGCAUGGAAUUUGUCACAGUUGACAAAGGAUGACUUCUGGGAAGUAAAGAGAAGAGGGUUCAGUGAUAAACAGAUAGCUUUUGCUACAAAAUCCACUGAGAAAGAAGUUCGAUCAAAGAGGUUAUCUUUAGGCGUUAAACCAGUAUAUAAAAGAGUUGAUACAUGCGCUGCAGAGUUCGAAGCUGAUACUCCUUACAUGUAUUCAUCCUAUGAAUUUGAGUGUGAAUCAGCUCCUACCAAUAGGAAAAAGGUUUUGAUUUUAGGCGGAGGACCAAAUCGAAUUGGACAGGGUAUUGAAUUUGAUUAUUGCUGCUGCCAUACAUCCUUUGCCCUUCAGGAUGCAGGCUAUGAAACAAUCAUGAUGAAUUCGAACCCUGAAACAGUGUCGACUGACUAUGACACCAGUGAUCGACUAUAUUUUGAACCCCUCACAGUUGAGGACGUUCUUAACAUAAUUGACUUGGAAGGACCUGAUGGUAUUAUUGUGCAGUUUGGAGGCCAAACUCCACUAAAAUUGUCUCUUCCUAUUCAGCAAUAUCUAGAUGAGUGGAAGCCCAAGUGCAGAAGUGGUUCUGGACUUGUUCGCAUCUGGGGCACAUCCCCUGAUUCUAUAGAUGCUGCUGAGGAUAGGGAGAGAUUCAACGCCAUCUUGACGGAGUUACAGAUUGAGCAGCCAAAAGGAGGAAUUGCAAAGAGUGAAAAAGACGCCCUUGCUAUUGCCGCAGAUAUUGGCUACCCAGUAGUAGUUCGACCUUCAUAUGUUUUGGGUGGUCGGGCAAUGGAGAUUGUUUAUAGUGACGAGAAGCUUGUGACUUAUCUCGAAACUGCAGUUGAGGUGGACCCAGAGCGUCCCGUUUUGAUCGACAAAUACUUAUCUGAUGCCAUUGAGAUUGAUAUUGAUGCACUUGCGGACUCACAUGGUAAUGUUGUGAUUGGUGGAAUAAUGGAACACAUUGAACAGGCUGGAGUCCAUUCCGGUGAUUCUGCAUGCAUGCUUCCCACAAAAACAGUAUCCUCGUCAUGCUUGGAAACAAUUAGGUCCUGGACUACAAAACUGGCAAAGAGGUUAAACGUGUGUGGGUUGAUGAAUUGUCAAUAUGCAAUCACAGCUUCUGGGGAUGUCUUCUUGCUGGAGGCGAACCCUCGUGCAUCUCGGACAGUCCCUUUUGUGUCCAAAGCUAUUGGUCAUCCACUGGCUAAAUACGCUGCUCUGGUUAUGUCGGGAAAGUCUCUGCAUGACCUGCAGUUCACAAAGGAGGUUAUACCAGCACAUGUCUCUGUCAAAGAAGCCGUUCUCCCGUUUGAGAAGUUCCAAGGGGCUGAUGUCCUACUAGGACCUGAGAUGCGCAGCACCGGUGAGGUAAUGGGUAUUCACUCUGAGUCCUCCAUUGCAUUUGCAAAGGCGCAAAUAGCUGCAGGACAGAAGCCACCACUAUCAGGAACUCUCUUCCUCAGCUUAAAUGACCUGACUAAACCCCAUCUUGCCUCCAUUGCCCGAGCUUUUCUGGGCGUCGGGUUCAGACUCAUAGCAACAUCUGGGACGGCUCAUGUUCUUGAAUUGGAAGGUCUUCCAGUCGAGCGGGUGCUGAAGAUGCAUGAGGGCCGGCCUCAUGCUGGUGAUAUGAUCGCCAACGGCCAAAUUCAAAUGAUGGUGGUUACAAGUUCGGGCGACCAGCUCGACCAAAUUGACGGGCGGAAGCUCCGUAGAAUGGCUCUUGCUUACAAGAUUCCUAUAAUAACUACAGUGGCUGGGGCAUUAGCUACCGCGGAGGCAAUAAGGAGCUUAAAAUCCAGCAAGAUUGAGAUGACAGCUCUUCAGGACUACUUCAGUUCGGAGAAAGCAACAAAGAGCACUAAAACUCUGCAGUCAGUCUCGUACACCUGAAGUUGACAAUAUUUAUUUGUUCAACUCAUUUGCCGAGUGUUUUUGCCUUUCUUGGUUUGCACUUUUGUGAACUUCAAUGCUGCUGCUAUGCGUUUGGUCUUUUGUUCUAUUCUGUCUUCACAUUCUGGUUGUCGCCCUCA